UAUGAACGGAAGUCGUGAAUGGAGGAGGCUAAAAAUAAAUCUUGAAUCGACCCGUGGAGCUGUUUGAAUUCCUGAUAAGUGGACUUUUACCACACUCUUACCGAGUGGUAUGUAACUGAAGUGAAUGUAAAAAGUGCAGAAUGAUAAGUUGCUGCGUUCGAGUUGCAUUUUGACCGUUUGUGUUCCCCUGUAGCCGAGGGAAAUGUUAGCAUUAACGUUGCUUCAUGUAAAAUGAAUUUAACAUUUAUCGACUGGUAACGGAGCCGAAUGAAAAAUAAUUUGAUGUUAUUGCGAUAUAACAUAUUUAAGGGGGCGUCUCGAUGAUAAAUAUUUGUUUUAAUGUGAUUUCACUGUUUGCUUGAGAAUUGUUUAUGCUGCAUAUGGUUUUCCAGGUCAAGUGGCGCUAGCAUAGCCCCAUUAUAGCUCGGUUUCCUUCCCCCCGUUUACCGAGCAGCUCUGUAACAACUUCCUACUGUCACGAAGACUGUGUGAAUGGAGCUGUGAAACGGUUUAUACCGGGUUAUUAUGUUUUCCACCCGAAUAAUCAUCUCCUAGCUGACCACGACGCUGGCUGACCUGACUGAACCCUGACCAGAAAGACAGCAAAGGACUGGGAGACUAUUUAAGAUAUAAUUAAUACAUACUAUCAUCUUACGAACUCGUCUUUCUUACCAAUUUUCCUCAACUUUCUUCUUGAUUAUAGUUUUAAAGAUGGUCAUAGUUUAAGACAUUUAAGUAGCAACCACCUAUAAAUCAGUACUUAUCACUUAACCUGGAGGAGUUGACAAACAAUGUUUGCCAUUGAUUUCAUUUUCUUAGUUUUUGUGUACUGAUACCAGUCACAUUCCCUAUGGAAAGUAUAGGCUCUGUUGGUGUACAACUGGGAUGCAGAAAAAUAUGAAAAACACGCUUCAUAUAUGACUCAUGAUUCAAGACAAAGCUUCUUCUUUUCCAGCAUCACCCACAAACUCAUUCUUGUGUACAUUCAAAUCAAGUGUACUCGGUGUGUAAUAAUUACACACUAAGUAAUGACAAGCCCCUGUUUUAACAUGCAAUUAGAUGUAAAUGUGUUUUUCAUUUGCAGGAUAAAACUAUGUCCUCACACUGGAAAGCCAGUUUUUUGGAAACUCUUAUGACAGAUACAUGUGUGUUUAAAACCAGACAAAUAUGUAGAAUAGAAUAAAAAUAUGUGGCUAAAAGACUUUAUUUGUUUAAGCAAAUGCAACAAAAUCAAAACAAACAGAUUCUAAGGAUAUAUUAAUUCUAGUCACAAUAUUUUCUAUAUUCAUUCUUAAAUAGGGGAAACAUUAGUUUUCUAUUCUUUCUCACUUAUGAAGACCUGAAUCGUUUUAAGACAUCUGCCUAGCUAACAGAAGAGUUGGCUAAUGGGCAGGGAACUUCUAAUUGUUGGAUCUCAUUCAUCCACCAAGCUAAAGUCUAGCCCCAGUCUCUAACUCAAUUCUCUGUUCCUUUAAACUUUUCAGCUUUUCUUUGCUUUUGUAGAAUUGCAGCCUGUGUUGUGCUUCUGCGCACCGAAGAAGCCCCCCUGUUGGCGGGCUUCCCGGGAGCUUUCCACUGCCCAGAGGGCAGGCUCCAUCUUUCCAGUUGGGUCAACUAGAUCUAUGAACAAUGUCCUCCUGGUCUGCAGCUGUCCUGUGACCUGAACGACAAACUCCCAACACACCUGCUCGGGACUUACCGACAAAACCACUUUUGCAGACUGUAUCGGUCUCCUGAACCUUCUGAAGACUGCUGACACCAUGUCUCAUCCCAUGUAUAAUCCUUUCAACACGGGAAAGAGGAUGCGACCCCAAGGACCAUAUGUACACUCUGGUGGACAAAUGGAGAUGAACCCUCAGAGGCCACCACUUCACCCUGGUGCUGGUUCCAAUUUCGGCUCUUCUGGAUCUACUGCCAUCAACUGUGAACCAUCUGGAGGACCUAUUCCAAGCCUUCUGAGUUUACAAGUAAACUACAGACCUGAGAGAAGCACUGUACCAAUAGAGGACAUAGACCAACAUUUGGACUUGAACAUCAGCAGAGCCAGGGAGGAGGCUAUGCAAAAUUCUGCAAGCCAAAACACCCAAUUUACCAAUGUUCAAAGAGACAUGUUUCCAUCCACAAACACCGGGAUGCAGUCAUAUUUGCCACCUGCUGCUGCUCAAGUGAACAGACCCUUCACUGUUGAUAGAGGCAGCACCUCCUUGAACUGGGCCUCGGCAGAAGAGUCCUCAAAAAUGUAUCCUUCUGCUUCACCCAGCUUCCUAGGCUGUGGUGAGGGUGGGAAGCAGUCAUUUGUUGGUUUGGGUAAUUAUGACCCUUCUAUGUCUGACAAAUCUGCACCUGCUCAGGAGUCCAUGCACACUUCAAAAUUGGACAUCCUCCAGCAGUUUGGGCUUUUGAAGGAAGACCUGCAGCAACUAACGUCAUACUCCGAAUACCAGAUCACCCCCGACAACCUGCCUUUCAUCUUAAGGCAAAUCCGACUGGAGAAGGAGAAGAGAGUGCCAACUUCAGUUCACUCAACAUCGUACGGUGAAGCUCAACCCAUGAGGAGUAUGGGUGAGAUGGAAAAGUUGAUUGGCUCCAGAGGGCCAGUGUUGGAUCCAGAUCAAGUAACUUUGACAGUUGUCAAUCAAAGCAAAGUGAUUGACUAUAGACAUUCCUCAAAGUCAGAGUUGACCCCUUUUGGACAACUGAACAAGGACACAGAUUUAAGACAACUCAUGUCUGAAGGUCCAUCGAAGAACCCUGGACACCCUGGACCAGCUCACCAGGCAGCCUCCGAAACCCAAGUGUCCAAACCACCCUCGAAUUUGAUCCGUGGAGUUCAUCCUGGGCGCCCUGGGCUUGUGCUUAUUGGCAGCAAUGUCCACAGUCGUGAUGACCACCAUCUCAAAUCUACAGGGCAAGCCUCAAAAGCUCCUGAUCUGGAUAUGAAGAAUAAAACCAAGGCUGGACCAAAGAAGCAGCUCCAGAUGCACCAGGGACCUCGACGGCCUAAAGAUUUUCCUGUGACGAAGCCAGCACCACUUCUACAUCAUAUGCAUCCUGCUCCACCUAAUCCAGGGCCAGGCAAGAUGGAUGCUAUGACUCGUGGUGGGCCGCCAAACCAUCUUCCGCCACUAGCCCUGAUGGAAGACUGCUCUGCAGCAACACCAAGACUAUUUCCUCAUACCUGUUCUCUUUGUAUUAAACAAUGUACCAAUUUGAAGGACUGGCUCUCCCACCAGAAUACUGGCCUUCAUCGUGGGAACACCACACAGCUGAGGAACAGAUACCCUGAAUGGGAUGGAAGGACUCCAGAGUUUUUGAGAGCUUCAGCUUUAGAUUCUCGCCCUGAACAUGCAACUUCUGGCCAUAACUUGCGGAACCGCCAACAAACGUCAUUUCGAGAGAACGUAUCGCGUUCGCUAAAGCCUCACCGCCGACGUGAGUCAGAGGGCAGAAAGGAAAAACAGGACAGAAGAGUUAGCCCUGCAAGAUCUCAGAGUCCACAUCGUCAUUAUGGCUCCGAAAGUAGAAGAGAGAGACGAAGAAGCAGAUCACGGUCGCCACACAUCUCCAAACACAGUCGCAGGCCCCACUCUGAUUCUUAUGAUCGCCAAACUUCGUCACUCUACCGCUCACGUUCAAGAAGUUGCGACCGACUUUCCUCUCCCAGGAGGAGGGAAACCAAAUGGCCGUCACCGAGGAGAAGCUAUGAGCGCCGAUCAUCUCCAAGAAGAAGCGACGAGAGACGCUCGUCACCGAGGAGAAGCCAUGAAAGGCGGUCAUCAGGAGAGAGAUCAGUGUCUCAGCAUCGGAGGUCGAGAAGUGCUGACAGAUUGGCUAAAAGAAUCCUGGGAAAAAAAGCUGUUCAGUCUCUGUCCAAACAGUCCGACCUGGAGGCCAUGGUUAAAACUCUGGCUCCCGUUUUACUGGCUGAGCUGGUGCAUUUAAAAUCCUCCGCUGCCUCGUCAUCCUCAAAGACGGAGAAGAAGAUCUCUUCUCAAAAAUCAUCCAAGGCCACAUCCAGCCGCCCAAAGAGCGGCACAAGCUCUUCAACAAAACCCGCGGCUGGUAGAACGACGUCACCCUGCAUGGUGAUGUUUUCUGAUGUUUUUCAUUCUCUUUCAUACACCGACUUGCUCGAAUCCAUGGAGACAUUUGGCAAAGUAAAAUCUCUACUUAUGUACAGAUUAACAAAGAAGGCGCGUGUGAUUUUUGAGAAAGCAGAGGACGCAAAGAAAUUGCAGUGCUUGACGAGAUGCAACGUGAAGGGAUUGCCCAUCUCUGUUGACAGGCCAUCGGACACCACUCUGAAGAAGUCUCUGCAGAAAACAGCUCCACAGAAAAAAUCUGGUGUCUCAAGUUCUGAAACUACUAAAUCCCAUGACACUAGGAACGUUAAAAAGCCUGCAUUGUGUGGAUCUAAAAACACCACAGUAGGCAAAUUUGUCUCUAAAGCAAAAGUCUUGGUUUCCAAAGCAAAAGGCAUUUCAACGAAGAAGGUUUUUAAAACUGUCAGCAAAUCCACGACAAAAGCAAAAAGUACUGGGAAGAUGGUUGCAGGGAAAAAUGAGGCUUCAGUGGUCCCAAAAUCCAAGAUUGCAAGAAAGAGACCUCCUGCUGAUAAGGCUAAAAAACCGGUGACAAAGUCAAAACCUGUGAGAGAUGGCGUUAAAUCUGCACCGAUUAAAACCUCAGAGGUCAGAAAGAAGCCAAACAAAACACCAACUUCUAAACCAAAAACCUCCGUCACAGCUGAAGUGAAAUCUGCAAAAGCUGAAGAAAUAUCUGUAAAAACUUUAUCAGAAAAGCAGAAAAGUACAGCGACUUCCACUUCUGUGGAAGAUAUGAAAACCAAAACUGAAGCUGUGGAAAAGCAAAAAUGUUCUCUAAGGAAGACAGAUACACAGCGAGUUCCUCAAACACCAGCAAAAGCUUCUGCUGAAUCCUCCACCAUAACAUCUGUCAGUGAUCUGGGUAUAAAUGCUGCUGAACUUCCUCAUGUGGAUGAUAACAGCUUUAAGGCUUUGACAACAGCAAUUAACAAAACGACUAAAGGAGCCACAUCUGAAAGCAAGAACAAAGAGAGCACGACUGUAAGCAAAACAACUCCUGAGGAUGCAAAGCAGAAAAACCCACCACAUACAAAAGUAAAUGACAUUAAUUCAUUAGGAGAAUUUGAUGAGCUUGAGUUUUACUCUGGAGAUUUUGUAACCGUUGAUGAAAUUAAUGAAGACGUUGAAGACAUGGUUGUAGAAGUUCAGCCUUCCUCAUGCAAGCCAACAUCCAGAGAGACAAAAGACAAGCAGAGUUCAGCUUCCAGAAAGACGCCAACAAAGUCGUCCGCUUCGUCAUCUAAGUUUUCAAAAGGCAACUCAUCCUCUCCAUCGACAUCUUCAUCAGCAAACAACCACAAAAGCAUCCAUGAGUCCAAGAAAUCUCAAACCAAAACUACUUCUGCCAGGGGAACUGAAAGUUCCUCCUCACUUUCAAAGUCUGUGAAAACUUCGCCUUCCUCUGGUCAGAAAUCUCAGUUAAACCAGAAUAAGUCAUCAAAACCCUCAUACUCGGCCGGAGGCGUCCGUUCACCAGCGGCAGCCACUAAAACCUCUGUAAAAACUCAGGCAGCACAUAAAAAGGAUGUAAAACCUGCACAGGGUGCAGUUGCAAAGUCUGAUCACCAUGUGUCAGCAGAGAGCAGUUCUGCAAAGAAAGAUGAAUCCAAUGAGAUAAAGAAAAUCCAAGCAAAGGAUAAGAAAAAUGGCCAAAGCACAGAGGAGAAGACAGACGAUAAGAAUAAAGAAGUCCUUGAUUCAAUCAAUGAAAAAUGUAAUGAACAGAAAAACAAGGAGAACCAAGACAGAAGAACUGAAAUUCAAAUGCCUGGACCUGAGCAGGACCAUGUUAUUCAGCAGGGAGCUGAUAAUGACAACGGCCGAUCAGAUGAAUGCCAGAAAAUGGAAGUAGAGGAGUCUACCAAGCUGCAGGACGGCGCAAUUAAAGAUCAGUCCGCGACAGCUGAUGAUGGAGAAGAAGUUCCCACAUUGAUGCAGGUUUUUGAAAAUGUUGAUGCUAAAGAAGCCCAGACUUCUGAUGGAUCAUCGGACAGAGAUACAUGUGAUAAAAACCAAGUGACAAGUGAAGAAACCAACCAGACUCCAAAUAGCAGUAGUGAAAAACAGAAAGAUGGCAUCCUUUUCUCAGAGAGCGUCUGUGAAACCUCCAAAGAGAUUGGUCAAACCGCUAAUGAAGAAGACCACGAUGGCAGCAAAGACACUUUGAAAGACCAGACACUUGUAGUUCCCACUGACCUGCUGUCUAAAGCAGAGGAUAAACCCACGGAUGAAGAGACUUAUGAGGUCAUAGAUUCAUUUGAAGAUCAACCAGCAACAACAGAGGUGGAAUCAGAACGAGCAACAAAAGACACUGAAAUUGUCUCUAAAGAUCUCAAACCAACUGUGAUUUGUUCUGCAGUAAGAACAAAAAACAAGACAGAAAAAGAAGAAGAGAGUCUUGAGGAUUUCAAGGAAAUGGUCUAUGAAGUUGUGGACUCCAUAGAAGACGAUUCUGUUCAAGAGCCCUCAACGACAGGGAGUUCUAGUAGGAGACGAACACCAAGAGGAAACAAAAAAGAUGAAAAGACAUCACCUCCUGUAGAAGAACCUAAAAAAUCUGAUGACGAAGAGGAGGAAGUGUUCACAGUUUUAGACUCUGUGGAAGAAGAAAGUCCCACUGACAAACCAGUGGUGGCGAGAUCGACUAGAGGAAGAAGACAAAACAUAGCAAAGAAAGUUGAAGAAAAUGCUAAAACGAAACAAGACAGGACCCCCACAAGAAGAAGAUGCACACCAGUCAGAGAUUCUAAGGAGAAAGAUGGUGAGAAAACUCAAAAAAAAGAUGAUCCUUUAGAGGAAAGUGCAGCAACAAAGACAAAUUACACUGGGGAGGCAAACGCCACUCAUCAAGAACUGGACAGUGUCGAGUAUGAUCAACCAAGUCCACAGAAACCAAGAAGAGGAAGACGAAAGAAGGACAGUACAACUAGUAGAAAACAAAUUAAGGAAGAAAAAGAAGAGCCUGUUUAUCUGAAAAUUGAAAUGGCUGCUAAUGACAAUACAGUUUCCUCACAGAUAAAAGAUCCACAGCAGGCUAUUGGAUGGGAGGAUGAUGAAACGGCUAAAGAGGACCAACUUGCAGAAAAACAGAGGAGUACAUCAAAAAUAGACUUUAAGAAAGAAGAGAAGAUGAAGGAGUCACCGAAAACAAAUGACUUAACAUCAACAGAUGUUUUAUUGAACCUCAGCGCAGAGGAGGAGGAUGGAGUGAGAGGGAAAACGGCGAGCGAUGAAACAAAGAAUCACGAGGAAGAUGUAGAGAAGAUGGAAGUAGCUUCUGAUGAAUCAGUGAUUCUACCUGAGAGAGGAGAGAAAGGCGUGUCGGAUGCUGCGACUUACAACAGAGAGAUUACAGAGGAAGAAACCCGGGAGGUUGUUGCUCCUAAAGAGGUAAAAGAGGAACGACUGGAAACGGAGGGAGCUCAGGAGCAAUCAGUGGGCCGUCGAAAGCCGCAGAAUUCGACUUCAGAUGAAGCUGGUAAAAAUGACGAGAAAGAAGUUAAGGAGGAAAACGUCCAAACUUCAAACUCUUCUAAACGUAAACAUGAUGACAACACAGUUGUUGUUAAACGGGAGAAAGAGCUUGAUGAACCCGAAGCAAAGCGAUCCGGUUCUCAGUCUCCAAAUGUUCCUGAGGACUUCCAGCUGCCGCCGUUUCAUCCCAGCAACCCUCUGGGUGAGGAAUUUGUGGUUCCCAAGAGUGGAUUUUUCUGUAACUUGUGCUCCAUUUUUUAUUUCAAUGAAACCACAGCUAAGAAAAUCCACUGCAGCAGCCAGAAACAUUACAACAACCUCCAAAAACAUUACCAGAAGCUAAAACUGAAAACUUCAUGAAUGACGGCUCAACGUGUCAGAGUCUUUCUUCCGGCUGAUCCAUUUACAUCUGCAGUUCAUUUUUCUACAAGAAGUUAAACCAGAGACUUUCAAACAUUUUAUGUGUUCAUCAUCAACCAUGAUGGUAUCAGUCAGAACAUUUCUUUAAUAUUUUAAUUUUUUUGUGCUUUCUUUGGUUUUAGGUGCAAACACUGAAGUUUACAUACGCUAAAGUUUAAGUUAAGAAAAAAAGAAACAAACAUAGUUCCUUUCCGUUCUGGGAAAGUAUGGAGAAGUCUUUAUAUAAUUAAUAUUUUAUAGCCCUUUUUUGUAAAAGUAAUGUCUUUCCUUCUUCCUGCAUUACUCCCUUAUUACUUUGCUUUUUCGUAACCUUCUCUGUCGUUUGUCUUUGGUUCUGCUGUAUGUUUCUUUUUUCCUUCCUUUUCCUCCCUGUGCCCUAUUUUUUAUUUUUUUGUCUUUUCUUUCUUCCAUUGGCAUCUUUCUUGUUUUUUCCUUUCUUCUAUGCAUCCUAUUUUCUGUCCAUCAUUCCUUCUGUCUCUCCUUCCUGUCUUUUCUUGUUUCCUGGCUUCUGUAUUAAUUGGUACAGAAGCUACUAGCUAGUAGUAACUAGUAGCUCUUUUUGGAUCUAGUGCUUGUUUGAUGCCUGUACCAACUGGAACUUACUAGCUACUAGUUGGAACUAGCUUCUAGUUGCAACUAGAAGCUAGUUUCAACUAGCUACUAGUUGCAACUAGAAGCUAGUUUCAACUAGCUACUAGUUGGAACUAGAAGCUAGUUUCAACUAGCUUCAAACAAGCUAGUACCUAGUAGAUGCUUGUUGGCUACUAGCUUCCUUGAUACUGUAGUUUCUAGAUGGUACUAACAUUAAACAAAUUAGCACUAGAUUCAAACAAUCUAGUAGCUAGUAAAAGCUACUGUCUAGAAACUAUCUCUAGAAGCUAGAGGCUACUACUCGCUAGUUGCUAGUGGUUUGUAACUUCUGGUAGCUACUAGCCAGUUGUGUCUGAACUCUCUCCUGUUUUUCCUAAAUUCUUGUUCUUUUCAUCCAUUUUUUUUAAAUCUCCUUCGUUUCCUUUUAGUUUCUUUUCAGGUUCUAUAUUUAAACCCUGUUCAUUCCAAAAAUGUCAUCUAUAUAUUUAUAGAAAAGUUUGUUUCACAACUUAACUUGAAAAUAAAAAAAUUAAAACGAA